UGCAGCUGGUAGGAAGAUAUUAAGCGGUGCACCAGCUCAGCAAGUGUGCUUGGGAACUUCCUCGAAGUAGAAGCGAAUGGAAUUUCGCAAUGGCUUUUUCAGGGCCAAAUAAAGACAAUAUCCGAGCAGGAUGCAAGAAAUGUGGUUAUCCUGGCCAUCUGACCUUUGAAUGUCGAAAUUUUGUCCGCGUGGAUCCGAAAAAAGAUAUUGUUUUAGAUGUCAGUAGUACCAGCAGUGAGGACACGGAGGAUGAAGAAGAGCUUCAGCAGCUGCAGGAUAUUAUUAAUAAAAAAGAAACAAAAGAAGCUGGUGUUAAGAAUGAACACCACAAGAAGAAAAGGAAGGAUAAGACAGACGAACACAGAAAAAGAUCAUAUUCAUCUAGUGAAGACUCAACUGGGAAAAAGAGCAAGAAGCAAAAGGUUCUUAAAAAGAAAAAGAAAAAUAAGAAGAAAAGCAAGCACAAAAGUCACAAACACCACCAAAAAGUUAAGAAAAAGGAAAAGCACUCUCCAUCCUCAUCAGACAGUUCGAGUUGCUCUUCAGAUAGUGACUAAUUGUAUAGUGUUAAAAUCCUUUGGUUGUUCCGAUGACUGUUUGUUUCUUUGUAAUCUU